GCCAAGCGAAGGCUCCUCCUGCUGCCCCUCCCCUUGCCCGGCGCCGUCGCCCCGGCGACGCGGCAGAGCGGCUCGGCGGCGGCGGCGGCGGCAGCAGGAGGACGAGGGAGCAGAUGGUGUUCCUCCCCAUCCGCAGUGCCGUAAGCCCGUAUGAAGAUGACUGUGCUCUUCAGUCUCCAGAACUUUGUACCUGGAUCUCAAAGUAGCAGUCAUGCAGAGAAGGCUAAUGAAUGUCUUUCUCCAUUAUGAGAGCACUUUCACCAGUGUAAAACAGUCUGGAAGACUUCUCCAAGACAAAGAGCAUUGAAUCCAUUAAUACAACAGAAGACAUUUAGAAUUGCAUCAUUUUUUGGCUGCCUGGGUCUUGGGAAAAAUGAAUCGUUACACAAUCAUCAAACAACUAGGUGAUGGUACCUAUGGCAGCGUCCUGAUGGGGAAGAGCAAUGAGUCAGGAGAACUCGUGGCUAUCAAAAGAAUGAAAAGAAAGUUCUACUCGUGGGAUGAAUGUAUGAAUUUGAGAGAAGUCAAGUCUCUGAAGAAGCUGAAUCAUGCUAAUGUAAUCAAGUUGAAGGAGGUCAUAAGAGAAAAUGAUCACCUUUACUUUGUGUUUGAAUACAUGAAGGAAAAUCUCUAUCAGUUAAUGAAGGACAGGAACAAAUUGUUCCCUGAGUCAGUCAUCAGAAACAUGAUGUAUCAGAUACUACAAGGGCUAGCUUUUAUCCAUAAACAUGGAUUUUUUCAUAGAGAUAUGAAGCCUGAAAACCUUCUCUGUAUUGGACCAGAGCUUGUGAAAAUAGCAGAUUUUGGGUUGGCAAGAGAACUAAGGUCUCAGCCACCUUAUACAGACUAUGUAUCUACCAGGUGGUACCGUGCUCCUGAAGUGUUGCUGAGAUCAUCUAUUUAUAGCUCACCUAUUGAUAUGUGGGCCAUUGGCAGCAUAAUGGCUGAAUUAUACACCCUGAGACCACUUUUCCCAGGCACAAGUGAAGUAGAUGAGAUCUUCAAAAUUUGCCAAGUAUUAGGGACUCCAAAGAAGAGUGACUGGCCAGAAGGUUACCACCUUGCUUCAGCCAUGAACUUCCGUUUCCCGCAGUGUGUCCCUAUCAGCCUGAAAACUCUCAUCCCAAAUGCAAGCAGUGAAGCAAUACAGCUUAUGAGUGAUACACUGAACUGGAAUCCAAAGAAGAGACCUACAGCAAGUCAGGCUUUGAAGUACCCUUACUUUCAAGUUGGUCAAGUUUUAGGACCUCCUCCACAGUAUCUGGAGAAGCAGGCUCCUAUUAAACCAGUUCAGCCAACAGAACCAAAGCAAACUUUACCUAAACUGGAAGCUAUAUCCAAGCCAGAACCUCUGUCUUCACCUGAUGUACCAGAUAAAACACAACCACAGCCCCUGUCAAAGGUUAACCACCAGCCUCUUCAGCAAAUUCAGCUGCCUCAGAAUACAGCUAACCAGCAAGUACCAAAGCAGCAGCAGUCGCAGGCACAACCAUUUUUUCCAACUAUUAAAAACUCAUCACCAAAACAAGUAGCUAGUGACCCUCAGAAUGGUGCAGUACGUCCUAAAAGCUGCAGAAGACGAUGGGGUCAGACUUUGGUAAAGGCUAUGGAUAGCUGGGAUGACUUGGGUGACACUGAAUUUGGAAUGUCAUGUUCAAAGAAGCCUAGCAUUGCACUCUUAAAAGAAAAGAAAAACAAGGAAUUUCCUUUUGGUUUGCCAGAACCAAAAGCUUCAUGCUAUAUCCAGCCAGGAGGGGAAAAUAAGGUUCUGAUGAGAAAUGAUUCUGGAAGAUCAAAUGCAUCAGCAAAACAGUACUAUCUAAGACAAUCAAGAUAUCUGCCUGGUGUAAACCCAAAGAGUGUCUCUCUAUCAACAGUCAAUAAAGAAGGACCCCAUGGAACCUGGAACAACCAGUUGUUUUCUAAACCGCUGGCACAUGCUGGAGGAGCGGUGACUGUCAAUAGAAAUACUACAGAUGAGAACUUAAUUAUACCUAUUGAAAAGCUAUCAUGCAGAGAAAGAUUGAAUGAAAAAUUAGAGGAUCCAAAAGUAGGAAACCCUGGCUUUGUGACUGGUGCUGCUUACAACCCAUCAGGAGCAUAUAUCCCUUCCUUUCACAAAAAAGAAGUUGGACCAGCAGGACAGAGGAUACAGCUAGCUCCUCUUGGUGCACCUGUAUCAGAUUACUCCUGGAAAACAAAAGCUGCUCGUACUCAGUUACCAGGUCCCGCUUUGAAUUCAGGAGCAAGAAAUACGAGUGUGUUAACUCGCCCACCAGCAAUUCAGCCAGUACAUGGAAGAACAGACUGGGUGGCCAAAUACGGAGGAAACAGAUAAAAAAAUGCCAUCCUGGAAAGAUGUCCUGCAAGCUGUGUUCAGUUCUCCAGCACUGGAAACCUGAAAUGCCUGCUUGCUCUCACUUAUUCCUAAGACUGUGCAGUAGUAACUUAGAAAAACAGACCUUGUGUGCUAUUAGCUGUAUUAAUAGCACAAAAAAUGCUGGCUGUAAAGUCGAAUUUAUUGAAGUAUUGUGUAAGAAAUCUUGCCAAAACUCCUGAGUAGAUUUCACUCAGUGUGUUUCUAUGGAUGGGUCUCCUAUCCUCAUAUUCUUAAAAGGCUACAGUUGUUUGCCCAGUGCAGCAUCCACUGUUGGCAUAUGCUUGAAGCACAAGGAGCUCAAGGAGCAGGGCUAAAACAGAGCAGCACCAUGCUUUCAGGUAUCAGGCUGCUUGUUACCAGAAGGAUGAGAGCAAAAGCAGAAAUCAGGCUUUGUGAAGAACAUCACACUCUUACAAAGAUUUCAGAACUCACUUGUACUUAAGAGUUACCUAAGGAUCUGUGAUGUGCAAUGACAACUUGACUCACUGUAGUAGGACAUAAGCAACCCACUGAUAGAUACUACACAGGGAGGCUGUAAAAUCUCGCCCACAUGGGCACACAUGGCUAUAGAAUGACAUAUUGGGAAACAGCCAAACAAGUACUGAAAACUGUAGAUUUAGGCUGUAGUGCAGCCUAAAAAUUAGAAUCUACCAUGCUACUACCACUAUAAAUAACUUUGGACUGUUUUUGGUCACAGAUUUCUGGAGUUUGAGAUCUGUCCUGUCAGAAGAGUGUCAGGGUGACAUUUUUAAGAAGCCUGAAUCACUGCAGCCUGCCAGUCAUUUUAAGAGUGAGUUAGACAAAAAGGUGCAAAUUACCAGUAAUUGAUGCUUCUACAUGACUUAAUUGGGCAAUUUAACUGCAAAGGACGAAUAAGCUACGUGAGGAAGGAUAUUUAGCUGUUCCUUAAGACAUUGUUUUCUGGUUUAGAUCUUAAAGGUCACUUUUAGGUACCUGAAAACAGGCAAUGCAAUACCUCACUGUUUGUAUGUUCUUUCAGUACCUUCCCUGGUUUCCAUACAGCUGUAUGUACAGUAAAUUAGUUUUAGGAUGUUCAGCUAGGCUACCUCUAUGGUUUAAAAGAGAUGCUUUAGACUUGGUAGUUAUUUUAAACCUUCUCUCUUAAAAAUACAAAAUGAGAAUAUUCCUUAAAAGAUGUAAAUGAUCAUUUUAAGCAUUGUAAAAGACACAUUUUAUUUGUAUGGCUUUUGUAACUGCAUAUGAAAACGUAAAUGUGCCAGAAUCUAUGGGUUACUUUAACUUACUGGAAAUCCAUUUAAUUUAAACCAGUUUUACCAAAAAAAGUCAAGUACUUUGCUAUGAAAAUUGCACCUAAAGAAAAUUAAUACUAGAAAAUUAAUACUUCUUUAAUACUGGAAGAGCUAUAUAGAGGUAUUUGGUUAAUAAUGCAUUAGAGAGUUUAAUUCAAUUGCCAUUGGUCUAGGUUUAAGUAUUUGUCAUUUCCUUAGUACAACCAGAUGUCCCUGUGCUAUUUACAUGUCUCUUAAUUUAUCUCUGGUUGGCUAUGGCAACAAAGGAUGACCUCAGACUGUCUAACUUACCUAGUUGUUUAAUUAUAAAAACCUCUUAUAAUCACUCUUCUGUAGUAAUAGAUGUCAUUAACUUAGUUAAAGCAGUCUGGUCAUGGAAUUAACUAAAAAUGUGUCCAUAGCUGCCAUAUCCUUACAUCAUCUGGAGCAGAAACAGGUACUGUUGAUGGCAUGAAAUGUGGCUGGAAGAAACAUGCUGUCCUUAUAUACUACUGAAUAUUAAAAAAGCUUUGACAUAACCUUUAUAACCAAAACUGAGGGAGUUAGGGCUGUUCAGUCUGGAGAGGAGAAGGCUAUGAGGUGACCUUAUUGUGGCCUUUCAGUACUGAAAGGGGCCUGUGAGAAAGCCGGAGAGGGACUUUUUACGAUGUCACGUAGUGAAAGGACUAGGGGGAGUAGAACAAAGCUAGAAAUGGGUAGAUUCAGACUGCACUGCUGGCUGCUGCCACUGAACCAGCUCUGUGUUGAGCACUACACGGUCAUUACUGUGUGUGUUCUGCUGCAACAAGGAAGAAGGGAAGGAAAAACACAAGAUGUCACCCUCCUGAUGUUUAAUGAAAUCUGAGCAAGUCCAGAAUCUAACCAAUCACCCCCACUGCACUAUCUCUCCCAGUGCCAGCUAACAACGAAAAGAGGUUGAGUAAAAUGCAGCUCAGGAUUGGUACAGAAGGGGAUUUAAGUUAAAUUAGACCAGAAAAGUGGUAUGUUACUAUCCAUGUGUAGCUCCCAGGCUUACUUCUGUAGGGCAGGUUUAUAUUUAGAAUUAUUUUGGAGAUCAAGGGAACCAGCUGAGGACAAAGCCUGAUUAACUGAGCCCUUUGGUCUUCAGUAACUUUGACAGGGCUUAUUUUCAAACCUAAAAUAGAUGAUUCUUCUCAGGAAAAAAACAAACAAACAGAAAACCCAAACAACUUCAAUGCAACAUUUGUCUUGACUAUCUGGUCUGUGUGCUUUUGUUCUCUACAGCUGCCCCCAGUUGAUGGGAUUUGUACAUUUACAGGUUACUAGAUUCAGGGAAUGGAAUAAAGAGGAUUUGUACAAUUA